AUGGCGAUAUUUUGCAGAUCCGCGUCGUUUGCGGUGAGACAAGCCGCUUCAUUCGUUUUCACUGGUGCUCGGCGAUACAGCACCGAUGCUCACUUUGAAUUUAUUUUGGCGAACAAGAGGGGAGUGAAGGAAAACGUCGGCUUAAUACAACUUAACCGGCCGAAAGCGCUCAAUGCGCUCUGUGACGGUCUUAUGCAGGAAGUAAAUCAAGCCCUGGACGGGUUCGAAGGGGACAGCCAGGUUGGCGCUAUCGUAAUCACCGGCAGCGAAAAGGCAUUCGCAGCUGGAGCAGACAUUAAAGAGAUGCAGAACUGGGCAUUUCCAGCAUGCUACAGUGCCAACUUUUUAUCGCACUGGAACAGAGUCUCCUCCGCAAGGAAACCAGUAAUAGCUGCCGUAAACGGCUUUGCAUUAGGGGGAGGAUGCGAACUUGCUAUGAUGUGCGACAACAUUUAUGCUGGGGAGAAGGCCCAGUUCGGCCAGCCGGAGAUACUGUUAGGCACCAUCCCUGGCGCGGGUGGAACCCAACGGCUCACCAGAGCGGUUGGCAAGUCGCUGGCCAUGGAGAUGGUGCUGACGGGGAAACGACUGUCAGCCCAGGAAGCAAUGCAGGCCGGCCUCGUCAGCGGCGUGUUCCCCGUCCAGCAGCUGGUACCGGAAGCUACCAGGUGUGCGGAGAAGAUAGCUUCCAAUUCAAAGAUAAUCACUGCGAUGGCUAAGGAGGCCAUCAAUGCAGCCUUUGAGCUACCGCUGGCUGAGGGGAACCGCCUGGAGAAAAGGCUGUUUCAUGCCACCUUCGCCACGGAGGAUCGGAAGGAAGGAAUGACCGCAUUCGUGGAGAAGAGGAAGGUGUCGUUCCAGGGCAAAUAAACGCAGUGACCAUGGAGAAGAGCAGAGGCGCAGGACGGGAACGUUGGAGACAAUAUUCAGAAAGUUCA